CUUUUCCAUAUUUCUGUCUGGCCUAUUAGCGCAAGCUCGCUGUCUAUUCGUUUCAUCAACUGCUUAGCCAGUUCACAUUUCGUUCACUCUUACCACCAUGUUUCAACGUCUCCUAUUCUUCAGCUCCUUAAAUCUCGCUUUUGGUAGCACGAUACUUUGGGAUGGACGGUUCAACGAUAUGACGUCCAGCACGGAACUCGACAGUUGGUCUUGGUCGAACCAAGUUGGCCCUUAUCAGUAUUACAUUCAUGGCUCGGAGAAUGUGACGUCGUAUGUUAACCUCGACUCUUCCUUCAAAAAUCCCGCAGACACGAGCAGCUCUCAAGGAGUCAAAAUUACUCUGGAUAGCACAUCCUACUGGAACGGACAAACCAUGAGACGAACCGAGCUCAUUCCACAGACAUCAGCUGCAAUCAAUAUGGGGACUGUCUUUUAUCAUUUCAGCAUGCAACGCCUUGCCACCGACGCUCCGAGCGAGUUCCGGGAACAUCAAAUAGCUUUCUUCGAGAACCACUUCACAGAGAUGAAAGCUGGAUGGAUCAGCGGGGAGUCCGCAACUAGUGAUCCUACUCUUAGGUGGGAUGUCAACUCAGCUUCCCAAUGGAAUACGACUUGGGAAGCAGGUGUAUGGCACAAUAUUGCUUACGCAAUUAAUUUCGAUGCUGGCACCGUUGCGUUCUACCAUUCCACAGGCGCUGAUGACCUCGCACUUACAGUUCCUGAAGUUAGUGUUUCUGCAUCGUCAAACGGCGCGGACUGGCACCUCGGCGUUCUGGAGCUUCCACGGGAUGGCUAUACCGAUGCGACAGAAAACUUCUUCUUCAGCGGGGUAUAUGUCGAGAGUGGUGACCUAACAACGAUCGUCUCUGGGCCUGGUUCGAACACUACCUCAGCUGGUUCAUCUGCAACCUCCUCUUCCACAACUUCAUCUGCGCAAUCGUCGGCCGCCAGCUCAAGCCCCCCGUCAACAACGCCUUCCGCUUUUACAACAACCUUCCCAAAUACCACCCAGAGCCUACCAAGUAGUACCUUCUCAACUGUCGUUAGCUCUAGUUCUGCCAUUUCUAACCCGUCUGGCGACAUGGGAGAUAACUACGACUGUGAGUAAUCAUCUGGGUGAUUCGUAUCCAUGCAGAUGAGUUCUGGGACACAUGCAAGGCAUGUAAUGUUACUUUCGAUGUACAUAUUUAAGUGUUCAGGGUGUUUCUGGACAACAAAAAUCUAGAUAUUGGUUAGUUGUUCCUCUCUAGCCUGUAGGACUUGGAGUCCCCGCCAAAAAUCUCCUGAAAGUUUGAAUUCAGAGGCAACGACUUUGAUUACUGGUACUCGUACCUCAAUUCCUACCAUCCAGCUGCAGGUAUUCAGGGAAUCCACUCCUUAAG